CGAUGUCGAUGAUACUAAUAUACUUUGUCAGGAGGAGUUGGAGAGCCAUACAAAAGAGUGGCUUUCUUCAAUUUGCUUUCUUUAUACUCUUCAAGCAUCGAAUAUAUGGUAUAAGACAAGAACACAUCGAUAUAUUGUACGAAGUGGCCACAGAAAGGCGGCCAAAAGUGAGCCUGAGUGACAGUUGGUGCCAUGUUCAAGUGAACUACUUCCUUCUUUUCAAAGGAAAGAGUUCUGUUUUUUAAGAGGAAAAGACAGAAUAAUGGCGUUCUAUUAUCCAGGAAACAAUCUGCCGUGCUUGUCCUGACGUAGAAAUCCUCAAAUGUGCAGUUUGCAUGUCUUGAUUCUUGCGGAGAAAAAACUCAAAUCCCAGCUUGUGCAAUUCUUGCUUCUCCCCUAAAGAAGGGCAAACAAAUGUCCCCCAAAUUUCAGAUUUUGUUCGUGACGCUCCUCCAUGUUCAUCUUAUUAGGGGUUCUGACCCUGAUCCUAUCCAAGACUUCUGUAUACCCAGCAGAGAAGAAUCUGCGACCACCAUCCAGUGCAAGAAUUCAUCGCUAGUCACGGUAGAAGACUUUGUGUUUUCCGGGAUAAAGUUCCCUGGAAAGUUCAGCCAAACAGGAUUAUCAGCCACAUCGGUGAAUGCAAACAUCUUCCCGGGGCUAAACACGCUCGGUAUGUCCUUUGUAAGGGCGGAUUUCGAUAUCAACGGGAUUAAUGUCCCGCAUCUUCAUCCCAGAGCAACCGAGGUGGCUUUCGUGGUGGAGGGAAGGGUUUAUUCAGGGUUCGUCGACACUCAGAACAAGGUCUUUGCCAGAGUUCUAGACAAAGGUGAGGUGAUGGUUUUUCCGAGAGGUCUAGUCCACUUCCAAAUGAACGUGGGAGAUAAGCCUGCCACUAUUCUGGGGAGCUUCAACAGCCAGAACCCUGGACUGCUGAGAAUUCCAUCUGCCAUUUUCGGGUCCGGGAUCAGGGACGAUCUCUUGGAGAAGGCUUUUGGGUUGAGCUCUGAGGACAUGGCUAAGUUGAAGAGAAGGUUUGCUCCACCUACAUAGGGUUGAAGUGGUGCUAAUUUCCAAAUUUCGAAUAAGAGGUUAAGAUUGCUUGUAUCUGUCAAUCAGACUGUAGUAUUAUGUAUUUAAUAAAAUGAAGUGAUCGAAUCAAGGGUUCCGAACAUGAAAAUUCAUCGCAUGUUCUUGGAUUCCCUUUAUGUUCUCGACU